AAAAUACGGAAUUCUUUUGCAAGGCGGCAAAAGUUAUUGUGCAUUGUUUUUAUUGAUUAAAAUUGCAGUUUUGAAAUGGUUUUUAUAAUCAGCACUAGUUUGAAAUUAAUUUGCAAUGUCUUAAAAUCUGAAAUAGAGAACACUGAUUUGCAAAAUUCAAAAAGACUUGAAAUAAGAGAACUUUUAAAAACAUUAAAUGGCAGCGAAAGGGCUUUAGUUGCAAAACAUUUUUGUAAAUUAAUCUGGAAUAUUGGCAGCUUAAAAAUCUUAAGUAUUUUACAAGAAUUAAGAAUAUUAACAGCAACCGAAUAUAUAUUGAGCUGUGAGAGUACAGAAGUUCAAUUAAUACUAAAUGAUCUAUUGGAAUCAGAAUAUGAGUUAAUAGCGAAUCUACUGAUCAAUGCCACCUUAGACUCCAAUAAUUCUAUACGUUUGAAUGCAAUAUUAGAUGAAUGUUUAGAAAAUCUGUUUAAAGAUUUAUUUCUAAAACCGGAAUUGAAUGAUUUGAGUUUUCUUUGUUAUGUUAAGAAAACUACAACAGCUGAAAUUCAAACAAAAAUUAUUCACAAAAUUUUAUCAUCGAUUUUGAGCCUUUACCAAACUAAUAUAAAAGAGGCUUUUCUUAAAUUUUCCUCUUGGAUCAAUGAGGGUGUAGAUGAUUUAAAAUUUCCCCAAGAUUUAUAUAAGCAGCUCUUAACUCAACACACCGAAGAAACUUUGAAUUUUUUGCUGAAAUGUUCUUCUGUCGAAAACUUUAAAGAAUGGAAGUUUUUUUUAAUUAUGUUGCAAGCUAUUUCAUAUAGUAACAGCGAAAUAGCUGGACCUUAUAUAAGAAAAUAUCUUAAAUUACGUCUCAAACAAUGCGCUGCAAUUCCCUGCAAACGUAGUGUUAUGCAUAUGCUGCUAACUGCCAGAGCUGCCACCGCCAAUACCAUGGAUAUAACGAAAAAUUUAAACAAUUAUGCUGAAUGGUAUAAGACCAAUAUAGGUGAAAUGAAAUUUUCCUUAAAAGCCGAAGAAUUUCAAAACGUUUUAUCUCUGCUGGAUCAAUGCAUCAAUUAUGAAAUGGAAGUGGAUUACUUAGAGAUUCACACUCUUAUAGGAAUUGCACCACCUGUUCUGUGUGGGAAAUUUGUACAAACUUAUAAAAGUAAAUGCAAACAACGACUGCAACAAAUUAAAAAGGGAAACUUACAAGUCGAUCCAGCCAAUGAAAGUGUUGUAAUUGAUGACAGCAAUUAAUUUUUGGUAUAAAUCGUUCUAACUUAUUUACUUAAAA